AUGGCGGAUGCCAGGCGUUAUGCGGUUACUCCUCAGCUAGGCAAGGGUUUCGGAUCAUAAAUUUAUCCGCCCAAGGCUUUUUCGGCACUCGUUUCCGUCUAAUUUUUUUUCUCUGGUGUCAUUACCCUUUGUCAGGGUCUUGUAGUUGUAAUCGGUCUUCCUACUUAGGGAUGGAUUUUGAAUUGAUUUUGAAUGGAUUUUUCGCGCUAUUUCUGCUCCUCGAGUUCAGCUGCCUAAUAGAAAUCUUACCGGAGGAUUUGAUAGUCUCUCUUCUCAUUUGUCAUUAUUGCGGCCAAACGUCAAAAUUGAACCUUGCUUUAACGGCUAUCGCGUGUUAUUCAAAAGGUUUCAGAUGCUGUUGUUUGCUGAUCAUGUACUACCCUUAACAGUUAUAGUAAACCACGUACGACAUCAAGGAGAGACGAAUAUUUAGGUUUUUUUCCUUUCAAAGUUAUUGACUUAUUUUUGUACGUUUUGCUAAACUACGUGCUCAUGAAUCGUUUGCAUCAGAGAGAUACUAAUAUGAAUGUUAGUGUUGAACUAUCAACAUAGGGAGGGAAAUUAGUUGAAGUUAAUACUUCUUAGUGAACAGAGCAUUCAGACCGAAUAAACUGAUAGAAGCAUGAAGUAAUGAUAUGCAUAUCUUGAUUAAAAAUGUCCACAAGGCCAAGGGAUCCUCCAUGAAACAAUUUACCAUGGAUAAAUUCACUCUAUGUCAUUCAUAAGAAUAUGUCACUCUUGUUAUGUGAGUGGUGCAGUCGUCAAGAUAACAGGAAUCCUCAUGAGUAAAAUAAAAUAUCAUUUAAAAUAUCAUGUAAAAUAUGUCUCUGCGUUUUUAAGGUGCAUAAGAUCACACUUUACUACAUUCUAUAUAAAUAAAAGAACGAUGGGUAUUACACCGAAUAAAACCCCAUUUCCUCAACAAGUGUAAAAGCCAGUUGGACAGCAAAAGAAAAGGGUAGUCUAUUGACGUGCUUGACUCGUCAACAUAACCGUGUUAUUUCAACUAAAAGAACCCUCUUCUGAGCUACUGAUGUUUUUCCAAUUUUUUUGUGGGCUGAUCAAUGCCUUCCUUUUUCUGGAUUUUCUGUGUAAGACGCAAUUUUGCUUAGCCCAUAAGCAAUGAUUGAUAAAGUUACGACCUGUAGAAGCAGGAUUCUUUGAAUAAUCUUUUUCCUCUCCCAAUUUCAAGAGCACAAUCUAGUACUUGGCCAGUAGCGGCAGGAACCACUUCAUUCUUCCUUUGAACUUUUCUUUCAGUACUGCAUUGCAUGAAUUAAUAAAUAUCAACAUUACUAUUCUGGAUUCUCUUCAUAUAUCUGAAAAUAAUCUUCCAAGGUACUAGGAAUGAAGAUGUGAUGAUCCGUUUCCUCUGUUUCUCCAAAAACGUUUUUCCACGUUUCUUUAAUUUUUCAUCUGUGGGAAUUUUAUUUUGUGUUAUUUUCCACAUUAACGGUAUUAUUUUGAAAAUAAAAUUUUACCUCUCCAUUUGUCACACUACUCACUCAUCAUCUGUAGUUUAACUAUUAAUUUAGUUGUUGCCUCUCAUUUUCCAAAUUAUAGGGUUCUACUAUUCCUAUAAUGUGAUCAAGUGCUUUUUUUCAAAAAUAGAUUUUUAUCUUUAUAUCCUUUUUAUCAUUUCUAACGUUUUGUAUCAAGAAGAAAUAUGUCGUUUCAAACUUCAAGCUGUGAUUGAAAGAUUUGAUGCAGAACAGUUGUAUGAAUUGCUUUGAUAGACCAUAUGUAUGCAAUAGAAAACGGCAAUAUGACCAAAAACUGGUCAAUAGUAAACUGUAAAUUGGGUUUUUCGCUGCCACAAAUCAAAAAGUCAGUCUGGUUACCUUGAAAUUUAAAACUUACCAACCAAGGCUUGUAAAAGGAAUUACAGGUUAAAAACAAUGCGACCGUUCUUGUCAUCUAUUAACUUUGAAAAACAGUACGAAAAGCUAACACUUAAUGUAAAUAUCCUUCAAAAAAGUUGGAACAACAAACAAAAUAAUACAUGUCUGAGGCAGAAUCGGAACAACUUUAAUUCGUAUUUGUCUGAAGAUUUUAAAAACUUGUUGGCACCUGGAGGUGAUUCUGGAUCGACCUUAGGUCAUAAGUUACCAUCCAUGUGAUUACUCCUCUUCAUUGUUGUUGAUAUUCCUUGGUUGAUGUCUGUUUUCUGGAAGAGUAUGGUAUGUUUUUCUUUAUUUUAAAGGAUAUACAACUCUCCAAGCUUUAGCAUCCGCAUAUUAGCUAUCAUAAGUAUUGGGUAUGAGUAGUUAGUUUUUGGCUCUGAUUAUUUCACUGUAACAUGAACAGAUAUCCAGCAAAUACUUCUAGAAGCCCAAAGUCGAUGGCUACGUCCUGCUGAAAUCUGUGAAAUUCUUCGGAAUUAUAGAAGUUUUCAAAUUGCUCGAGAGCCUCCUAAUAGACCGCCCAGUAUGGACUUUAAUUUAUUCUCCUCGGAAUUGAUUAAUAAUUGAUUUCUUAUCUAGAGUGUAUCAUUGAAAUAGAUUCCUUUUAGGUAUGUAUGAAUGUUAUAAACUCUUUUUACUUUUGUUAAAACUAUAUCAGUAUUUAAUGCCUUUUGGUUAUUGAUUUAUUACGUCAUGAAAAUUUGUCUUGAACUGUUCACUGGGAUCAGAGAUAUUUGACUUUGUAAAAGAUUUUGCAAUGGCCUAGUGUCAGAUGUGGUUCUGUUGGUAUCAUCUAUUUCUUCUUUGUUGUGUUUUGAUUUCUUACAUUCUCAACUGAUCUAUUUUAUUUAUGUUUAUAUCUAUAUUGGAUUGUGCGAAGUGGAUGCUAAAAUGUUAUAUGAAAUUAUUCAAAGCUGAUCUUUUUCCUUUUCACAGAUCCAAGAAGAAAAUUUCAAAACUUCUUGUUUUGUUGGUAUGUUUUUUUUAUAGUGUCAUUUACACCAAAGAGAUAUAAUGCGUCUGCUUGUCUAAUGUACGUUUCACAGUAUCCAUAUUGAUAACUGUGCAAAACUUAUUGAUUUUGUAAAUUCCUAUGUUUGAUUGUGUUUCCAUCUUUGAGAGUACUCACAUAAUAGACAUAACAUAUUCAAUAAUGAAAAAUCGAUGAGAAAGAGGAUCAGUGGAAAUGAAUUGGUGUGGCUUGGAGGCUAACUCCUGCGUUCAUGCCAGAUAUGACAUUGGGAUUUUACUAUUCGAUCAUUUCCUCCAUGUCUUACCUUAAGUUCUAGGGAUUAAAUAAAAUCAAGGAAUGCUUGGGCCUGACUCUUGGAAUAUCAAUAAGAUUGUUAAUAGUAGGUAUCAGCCUUAGUGCAAUUCCACUUUGUGCGAUGACUUCACAAAAAAGUGAUAUUUUAUGCGAAUUUGCUUUCUUCUCCCACGAAACAUCUAAUCCUUGUCAAAUUAAUGGCACACUGAUAUUGACAAUGGACCAUAUUCACUUCCUGACGUACUAAGUUUACAGAACAUUCCGUUCAAUAUAAUCACCAUUUUUACUGCAAUUCCUGCUAUGUAUUUUGCUCAGUGUUACAUAUGACAAUUGUCAACUGAUGAAUAGCUUUGCAUCUAACAUGACUUCCCCUGAAGAAGAAGCCAAUUAUCCAGAUCAUUUGCAAAAUCUGGAUCAGCAAAACCCUCAAGCCAUUAAAUGGGUGAACAACUUAUGAUAUGUUUUUCCUAUGUAUCCAUAUUUCCCCAUUUUUCUUUGGGGUAUUGAGUGCUUGGUGUGCAAUUAUUUGUUUCGGUUUUAUGUUUUCGUACUUAGAGCUCUGGCUUAACCCUUGUAACGAUGGCAAAUUGUCAGACAUAAUUCCCCAUUGAGUACGCACAGCUUUCCUUGAAUGAAAAUUAGGAUGCACCUUUUUGUUGAGGAACAUUAUGUUAAUGCUCCAAUAUUGCAUGCUAGAAGUUCUGAAUGAAUGUGUUUGCAUUUUACACAUCUAUAUGAAGAAUUAAAUUCGUUUUAUUUUUUCAGGUGGUUCACUCUUUUUAUUUGAUAGAAAGGUAUUAAGGUACUUCCGUAAGGAUGGCCACAACUGGCGGAAGAAAAAGGAUAAUAAAACAGUGAAGGAAGCACAUGAGAAGCUAAAAGUGAGUUUGGGAUCAGUAGCACAUUUAUUUUUCGUGUUGUAAGUUGAGUAGUGAAGUAUAUGAUAUAAAUAAAAAAGGAUUCGUUGCGAUUUUUAUUUUUAUGUUUGUGCUAAAAGAUGAAGGCUACCCUUUUGCUCAGUAGCCCGGUAACUCAUUUAGAUACAGUCUAAUGCAGGAUGACGUAUCCUCCAUGAACUGUUACGUAUAUUGCUCUAUUGAAUAAGUCUGUCUCGGUAUUUCCGAUUCGAUUUUCUACUAUUUCUUCAUGAAGGCUUUUUAAUAAGAUCUCACUGGUUUUGAAGCAUGUUGCCAUCUAUUAUAGGCUCAUUUUUCAAGCUGUUGUUUAAUAACUCUAUAAACUUAAGGUUCAUUUAUUGUUGCAGGAUGGGAGUAUCGACGUGUUACAUUGUUACUAUGCUCAUGGAGAAGACAAUGAAAAAUUUCAGAGACGGACCUACUGGAUGCUAGAAGAGUAAGAAUUUACAUAGCUUGGAUAAUUAUAGCUAUGCGUUCUUUUUCCUUUUCCAGGUUGUAGAAUGAUGAUAUGAUGUUUAAUGUUUCACGUGGACUCAGUUGCUUUAUCCAAGGAAGUGUUUGAGCUGAAAAGGAACUUAAUGCUUUGAUAUUGAUUGUGGAAAUUCCUAGGCCUGCUUUUCUCCAGCAGUUGCAAUAUAACUUUGGUGAAGUUUUCUUUUGGGGAUUGAAAGGAUGGAAGACUAAAUAACGAAAAUCAGGAGGCAGAUAGAUUUUGCCCUUUUUUUUCUUGUUUUUGGCACUGCUCAGUAUCUAUGAACUAAUCUAGAGAAGGAUACAAGCUGUUGGAGCCCACCCAUGAAAAGAAAGCCAAUGAUUUGGACCAGGAUGAAAGGUGUUUGAACCUUUCCAAAUGGACUUGGUAAAACAGUCUACCUGUGAACAGGCGGCAAAUUCCUAAACUUCUCUGAUUCUAUGAAGGAAAAUGGCUUACCCCUGUUGUCAUAAAAAGAAUCUCUUUCUCCUUUUUUUCUCAUGUUUUCUCCCCAUCUCUCACAUUUUUUUCCUUUCUAUCUUUUUUGUUUUUUUCUUCUGGGUGUAUGAUACUUUUCUGCAACUCUUCUCAAUCGCAGAGCCAGAUAUCAGUUUGCAUACUACUGGAACUCUUCUGAUAAGGCCUUAUUACCUGGCAGAAAAUUUGGAUGGCUUUAUUUGCGAUUAUCGAUUCUGCUUAUCUGGUUGCCUUUUUCAUGUAAUCCGUUUUUUAAAAUUUCGUUCGAUGUGAUUUUUUGUUAUUACUUGUUUGCUGAUCAUUCUCUCUAGUUAGAUAGGCUCCAGGAGAAACUUGUUUCGCAAACAACUCGCUCAUUAAUUCUUUCAUCUACAUUAAAUGUCCCUUCAGACCGCAAUUGUACAUUUUUCGGCUCUGGUAAAUAUCUCUUGAAGGCAAUUUUAUUUGUUUUGUAUAUUUUUCUCGUUAUUGUGUAGCAUUGACCUUUAUCUUUAUCUGUAUGCUUUGCGUCAAGUCAUAUCUUAUAACUUCUGAGUUAUUAUUAUCAGACUGAGAGAAAGUUGUAAUUCUUUAACAGUAUGGUAGAUAAUCAUGUAUGCCGCUAAUCCAUUUGUCCUGUAUUGAUGCAGGGAGUAUACACAUAUUGUUUUGGUCCAUUAUCGUGAAGUGCAGGUUAUUUUCUUUUCUCUAGACGCACCUGAUUUUUUUGAUUGUGCCAUCGUUGUCCAGUUGACAUUUUAUUCCAUUUAUGGUUUUUCUUAAACCUAAGGCCAAUCAUGAUUCGUCAUGGAUUAUGAAAUAUUAUUUUCAGAUUGAUGUGAUUCUGUGUUGUGGUCCCAUAUUUUGACAUGAAAUGCAUCUUAAAAUAUUUUCAUUGAGAGUAAUGAUCCGUCAACUUAACUGAUGCGCGGUCUAUUUCUGAGCUUCUAUUACUGUCACAUUCAAAUAUUCUUUGAUGGUCGAUGUAUCCAAUUUGAACUAAUAUCAAACAUGACUUCGAGAAUAUUGGAGAGGAAACAAUUAAAAGUUCCAUUUUGGCAACAAUAGUUUCAGGAAACAAGUUGAGUCAUCAGUUAUCGUCAUGUAUUCAUAUCAGAUGUAUCUUGUAUGUGUGCACGCUUUUCUGCCUUUACAUCAUUCACUUCUGGUUUAGACCUAUUUACUAGCUGUGUAAUAUUGUGAAAUUUCAUGCCAUCACAAACUCACUGGGAAACUUUGUUAAAAAAAAGAUUGUCUUUGCAGAAAGACAUUUUUACAACUUUGGUGCAUUAUUUUAAUGGUCGUGUUGCCUGGGAGACAAGGUGGCCCCAUGCCCAUGUCAUCCUGGUCACCUAGGUGAGCAUUCCAAUAACAUGCAUGCCGAUGCUCCCUGGAAUGUUGAGUUCUAUGCCUUGGUCAUCUGGGUCAUAGUGGCAGGGAACCCAUGAUCUGGCAGUGCAAUAGUGUCCCUCGUAUAAGUGAGCACCAUCUGCACUGUGCCCUCAUCCAAAUGGGAACAACCUUUUUUUCUAACUUCAUAAUUUCAUCAAUAGAUAACUAACGUUCUAUAUCUCUUGUAAAAAAUUUCGUGGAAUAGAAAAUAAGGAAGAGCAAAAAGAGGAAGACAAGGAAGAAACCAUUGACGCCUUCUGCCUUUCUUCCUCUACUAUAUUCACUGUCUCCGACUGCCUGCUCCCAUUACCACUUCACUCUACUUCAUUUUCCGUGUAAUCCAAACCAAGUCCGAGCUAAUGAGACCAGAGAUUAAAAAAGAAUUCACUAAGAAUCAAACUCGCUAUUGUGAAAGACAUUUUUCAUUUUUAAAUCAAAAGCUAUUUAUACGUAUAAAUCUUCACGAUUUGCAGAAUAGAGUUUUUGAUCUUCUGGUUUAUGUCUUCACAAUUUCGAGAAUAUAAUAUUAGUUUAAGUGGUUCAAUAAAAUUUAUACCUUUGGUUGAUACAGAGUGCUGCAUGUCAAUUUUUUAAGAUUCCAACAUUGUUCCUGAUGCCAAGACAACUUUUUUUUAAAGGAACGUAUAAUAACAGGCAUACUGCAGUGUCUUUCUAUAAUUAAUAAAAUAUUAUUUUAAUAUGAAGUGUGGAUAUAAAAUUUAACUUAUAGAGUUAUUAUUAAAUUUCCGUUUGAUCAUCUAAAAUCCCCUUUAAAGAUAUUUUAGAAAAUGUUUUUUUUCACUGUCUCGUUCUCUGUAUAGUCUGCCUUAGCUUGCCUUAAUUUUGCUUUCAUUUAAACAAACUCCCGUCUAUCUCGAAAUUGUUCUUGGAACCUACACUGAUGCAGUGUAAGAUCUUUAUACAGUGAUCUAGAAUGCAGAUCAACUAUGAUUUAACCAAGGAGUAGUCAUUGCACUUCUCUCCUCUUCCUCUGCACUAUGGAAUGCUCCACCUCCGGUAAAAACCCAGAUAUCCAGUUCAAAACUCGUUAAUUGAAGAGAAUAACAAGUCUCAGAUUAUGCGUCAAAAGUGAUGCCCCGCCUCCCAGCAUCAUUUGCCUUCGUCACCACCUCGACAUCCAGCCAUCAUAUUAAAAACAGUCCUGCUGGGCUGGUCGAUUUGAAUUGAAAUCUUCCGUGCCAUGGGGAGAAUCUGAUCUCUCUUUCAAAUUGGAAACAAAAAAGGAACUGAAGAAAAAGUGGCUGAUUCCCCUCCAUAUCUGGACUUGCACUUGUUAAGGAGAGAUGAAAUGGUAAGAACUCCACCUGUAACAUGACAGAGCAUGAAGAACAAGGACGAAUAAAAAAAGUCGCAUGUGUUACUGUUAUAGAUCAGCAUCAGCCACGAUUGGCUGCCAGGUUGCAAUCACCCUCGCCAAUGGCAUUGUCCAUCUUGUUCCUACCCUUGCCUUGAUACCCCACCAUGCAUUGUUCUUACGAAGGCUGAGGGAUAGAGGGGGCUUUCUGUUUGGAAAACAUUAAAAACUUUGUACCUUCUUGGAUGCGAUUACAUCCCUUAGUGAUGCGAUUCUAACACCAAAAAUUUGUUUUGCUUUAUUUGCUAUAGAAGGCGAAUGUAUUAUGAUUCUAUUUCAUCCCUUAGUUAUGUUCUAGCAAGAAAUUUUUUCAUAAGAAUCUGUAAACCUUCUUGGAUCAUGAAAUAUUCUCUUCAUUGCUUCUACGUUUUUGUAAGAGCCCUGUCUUAAGAAGCUAUCACGUUGUUAUAUUAAAUAAAUUUCAGGAUGAACCGAGCUUUUUGACCAUAAAAUUUACAUGUGAGGGAUAUGAUGAGGCUUUCCCUCCCAUCCUUUUUAUUCCUCUCAAAUUCUGCGUAGCCAAACUUGUGUUCCAUUUUUAUGUAGAUAAUAUAUUUCUCUUUGACAUUACAUCUUGCUGCUUCUUAGGGAACCAAACCUAGUUUUGGGCACCGUACAGAAAAUGAAGAAAUCUCACGGAGUGUUAAUCUCGAAAGUCCUGCUUCCUCGAAUUCUAUAUCAAAUCAUAAUCUCAUGCCUUCGCGAGCUACAGAUGCUGAAAGUCCAAACAGCUCACAGACAUUUGAAUACGAGGAUGCUGAGUCAGGUAUAUUCAUUUAUCCUUUCUCACCCUUGUCUGCAUCAUCUUUAGUGAGGUAUGAGGCAUGUCAUCGUGUCAUUGCAACCAAAAGUAUUUGCCAGAGGGAUAGAAUCACUGAUUCAUAUUUCCAAUCAUGCAUCCUUUCUUUCAGUGUAUCUAAAGCGAAAUUCGAUGCAGCAGAUAAUCAUCAAGCAAGUUCCAGAUACCGCCCUCACUUUGAGCUUCAACAGUUCGAGUGUGGACCAGUAACAGAUGUCCUUGAUCCUUAUUUUCAAGAUGCCACACCUGGUAACAAAGGUAGGUGGUGCAUUUAAUUGGUCAGCUUACUUGAAAAGCCCUAGCUUUUGCUUGUCCCUCAGUAACUAAAGCACCGCUGUAUAUUUUUUCAUUGUCACAGGUUACUAUCCGAGGCUAGAUGGUGGAUCUGAUUAUUUUUCUCUUGCUCAAAUGAGUACCAGUAAUAUUUCUGAUGAUAUGAAGCUCCACUCAAUUAUGAGUGGUCCCCCGAAUCAAGCUGACCUAACGUCAUGGGAUAGGGUUUUGGAACAUUGUGCAGCCGGAAGUUCUGAUAUGCCUUUCUCUGCAUCAAUUUUAUCCACUCAGCCUGCCCGUAUGGGAGGCUUCUCUAAUGGCGAAACUUCCAAUAUUGGGGAAAUUUUUCAGAAUGAGAGUAUUCUUAAUGUUGACUCCAAUGUUCAAGAACCUUGGCAGGUAACUGUAUGCUGGUAGUAAGAACAUAAAAUUCUUUGGGCAUCAAGAUACCAUAGACACAAUAUAUCUGAGACACUUGAUUUAUUAUCGAACGUUCCAUAAUGGCUAUAUUCAUGGUAUGGCAGUGUAACAAAUACAAGAACUAUUUGAAUUUGGACAACAUAAAUUAUCAGAUUGGUUUUUAACGAUUGGCAAGCAAAAAUGGUAUGCUACUCUUUGGAGUAUUAUCCAAUGUUUUGUGCCACAAGUUUUGUUAGUCUGGAGAACUGGUUAAAUUCACCGAUUCUUUGUCUGCAUUAAGCGAAAUAUGCAACUAUAUUCUGGGAUCUAAGUACAAAUGAUAUUUGAAAUAUGUGUUUAUUUUCUUCAUUUACAAUACUAGAAUGGCAUUUUAAUCCAUUCUUUUUGGGGAAAACUACUGGCAUAGUCGGUAGGUCACCACUAGCCAUGCUUACAGACUUUUGAAGCAAUAAUAUAACUGUGUUUAUUUGACCUGUCAUCUAUCCACAGAAUAACCAAUGUGGCAUGUAUCUUGGUUUUUCCUUUAGAGGGAGAGAUAGCAUUAAUUAGGUCAUUGUCCGUGAAUCCUUUGCUUCAGAAACCAUGUCAAGGUACAGCUGCCCUAUAUAACCCCUAUAAACUGCUGGCUACUACGGUUCCAAUUCUAAGAGCAGUGUCUGAACAGUGGUUUGUUAAGGAUGGUCCUAAACUUUUCAAUAUAUUCCUUCUUGUUCUAGGACUAGUAGUUGUGCACUUACGCUGGUUUACCAGGCAUAUGGUAAUAAUUUGAUACCAUAUGUAUUCUCAAGUUCUGUGCAGCAUUUACCAAUUAAUUCUAUUAAAAAAGUCUCUCAUGCAACAUUUUCCACUGAUGCAGCCUGCUACUACUAAAAAUUUUCUCUUAAUGCAGGUUACUAAUGCUGAAGGUAGUGCUGUUCCAAAGAGUGCUGUUGAUUACUCGUCCCUUAUAAAGCAGCUAUCAUUAGACAUUCCUAGACGUGAAGGAGAAACUGGUCUAACGAAAUAUGACAGUUUCACCAGAUGGAUGAGCAAAGAAUUAGGAGAAGUAGAUGAGUCACAGAUUCGAGCUAGUUCUUCAGUCUACUGGGAUGCGCUUGAAAGUGAAGGUGUCAUUGAAGAUUCUGGAAUGCCUCACAAUGAAGAUACGUAUUUGUUAGGGCCCUCCUUGUCUCAAGACCAACUCUUUAGCAUUAUCGACUUUUCUCCAAACUGGUCAUACACAAGUGUAGAGACCAAGGUAAGAUUUUUGAGCUAUCGAUUAUUCUUUGGGGCUCUCUUUGAGCUGUCAUCAAUCAUCGGAUCUACGGAUUUGAUUUGGAUAGAUAGCUCGUGGUUGAUAUUUUGUAUUUGAUCACAGCUUACUGAUUGUUUCCUUUCGUUCUAUCAAAAAAACAGGUAAGGGUUACAGGCAAAUUCUUGGUGGAUAAAAAUGAAGUGUGCAACAGUAAGUGGUCGUGUAUGUUUGGAGAAAUUGAGGUUCCAGCUGAAGUUUCCGGAGAUAGCAUUCUUAUUUGCUAUGCUCCACCGCAUAAAUCUGGAAGGGUUGAUUUCUAUGUCACCUGCUCUAACAGGUUAGCUUGUAGUGAGAUUAGGGAAUUUCAAUAUCGUGUCACUCAUCCUCAAUAUACAGGGUUAUCAGAUUCUUAUAUGGGGUAUCCAAGCGAAGUCCUUCAUAUGCGUUUUGAAAAGCUUUUAUCUCUUGAUUUUGAAUGCGACCAAGAGCCUGUAUCACGCAUGUCUGGUGAGAAGCUCCAGUUGAGCAAUAAAAUCGGUUCAUUGCUGAGAGAAGAUGAUGAUGAUGAGUGGUCCAAAAUGUUGAAGCUUACUAGCGAUUUAGAUCCGUUCCCUGGGGAAAAAAUGGAUCCUUCACUUGAGAGAGCACUGAAGGAAAAGCUGCAUGCCUGGCUAAUCUAUAAAAUAGCCGAGGAUGGUAAAGGUCCAACUGUUUUAGAUAAAGAGGGGCAGGGUGUCAUUCAUCUCGCAGCAGCCCUUGGUUAUUACUGGGCUGUUGCGCCGACUAUAGUUGCAGGUGUAAGUAUCGACUUCCGGGAUGUGCAUGGCUGGACUGCUCUUCACUGGGCCGCAUAUUGUGGCAGGUAAAGAACCGUCAUUACAAUUGCCAUUCGAGCUCGUGUCAUAUGCCUCAGCUUUUUGUCAUUGUUUUGGCCUGACUUGCCCCCUCAUAAUUUCAGGGAAAAAACGGUCGGUGUGCUUUUUACUCUGGGUGCAGCCCCGGGAGCACUAACAGAUCCGACGCCUGAGUUCCCAUCCGGAAGAACACCUGCAGAUUUGGCUUCUAGCAAUGGGCACAAAGGCAUUGCCGGUUUCCUUGCUGAAUCUUCUCUGACAACGCAUCUUUCAACCCUCACAUUAAAAGAGUUGGGCACCAGUAAUGUGACAGAAGUGCACGGUGUAGAUAUUGCUGAAGAUGUUGCAAGGAAGAGUUCACUACGUACGAAUGACGGGAAUAUGGAAGCAGGACUUAGCGCUAUCCGUAAUGCUGCUCAAGCUGCUGCACGCAUCCAUCAAGUGUUCAGAAUUCAUUCAUUCCAGAGAAAGAAACUUGAUGAGUAUGAGGAUGAUAAAUUUGGAAUGUCAGAUGAGCAGGCUCUCUCGCUCAUAUCUGGCAAAACAAAGAAAACUGGUCGACAUGAUGAGCCUGUUGCCGCUGCAAUACAAAUUCAGAAAAAGUUUCGAGGUUGGAAGGGCAGGAAAGAAUUCUUGACCAUACGCCAACACAUUGUUAAGAUUCAGGUGAAUACUAUCCUUAAAUUUCUGGAGGGGAAGAGUUUCUUCAGCAAGACAUUCUUUUCCGUGGUUUCUCAUUCUUUUGAUUACUAGAUUUGAAACUUGCUUUCGAACACUAGGUUUCCAAAGUUGAUAGCGAAUUACCGUUGGGGUUCAGAGCCCAUACUAAAUAUAGGGGAGCAUCAGAACAUCGCCUGAAUUCUGUCAAGAAGCAUUAAGGCUGAAAGUGGCUAAGGCAGAGAGUGUAGGAAUUGAUGAUUUGUGUUGCCUGACCGUCCGAAAAAAGUAGGAAUUUUAACAUCCAUUGUUCGUUUGAGACAUUGUAUUGCCCUCUAUAUUAGACUAAGUUCUCUAGGUAAACUUUUGGACCGAUAAUUAUUUCUGAAUGUGGAAUAUUCUUGAACUAAGAAUAAAAAUGAUAUGCUUAUCCUUUCCUAUUAACUGACCCAAGCAAUCAGACGACUUUGUUUUGCGUUCUUCUUUAGCUUUCUCACGAGUGUUGACACUUGAAAUGUUAAGCUUUGAUAAUGACUACAACAUCACACGAAGCACCCAAGAUUCGAAUUUUAAACUGCCACCCAGUCUGGGCAAAUGCCAUGCUCCAUGUGCGAUAUCAAGUCAAUAUACAUGUUUUUUGAGCGGCGAUGUAGCACAUCUCCUUCUAUCUGCCAUUGAUUGGAUUAAUUAUUGUUUUGGAAUUGCCCAUGAAUAGCGCGCUAUGCCUUCACAUUGCGUAAGUGUAUGGUUGACUAUGUGCUCGGUCCACUCCAACACUGUGUUUCGAAAGAAAACUGAGAAAUAUUGUAACAGCGAGCAACUUCUUUGAAAGCUCUCAUUUUGCAACCUAGAUUUGAUACGGAGUUUAGACAUAAAUUCUUCUGUCUGAAAUCUGAACUUUAUUGCGGUCAUGGUCAGGCACACGUUCGCGGCCACCAAGUGAGGAAGCACUACAGAAAAAUUGUCUGGACUGUGGGAAUUGUCGAGAAGGCAAUAUUGAGAUGGAGGAGGAAAGGGCCCGGUUUGAGAAACUUCAAACCAGAAGGGUCAACCAUGUCCCCAGCAAUACACGAGCACGCCGCCAAAGAGGAUGACUAUGAUUUCUUGAAAGAAGGCAGAAAGCAGACUGAGGCAAGGCUGGAAAAGGCUCUGGAUAGGGUCAAGUCUAUGGUUCAAUACCCAGAAGCGAGAGACCAGUACCGGAGGCUGCUAGCAGUCGUCGAGGACUUCCAGGAAUCAAAGGUAUUCCAUCUUCAUCAUCGUUCCAGCUUUUUUCCUAUUUCAGAACAUCUUCAUUCAUUGAAAGAAAGAAAGAAUCUUCUGUUAAUUCGACCUAAAUGCGUGUAAAAAUGGCGGUUCCUUUCUCAUCCUCGCAUUCCUAUCAAAGCAUUGAGAGCACGGCCUUCACCAUCCAAGUGUUCCUCUAACCCAUUUCAUAUUUACAUAUGCACACAUAAAUCUCCCGUGUGCCCUCCACUCUUACAUCUUUCUCUACAACCGUUCAAAUCGGUUUGGAACCUUUCUCUUCCUCCUUAUCAUAAAAUAAUUUUGCAAACGCCGGUCUUCAUAUAUAAUGACGAUAUACGCACAAGGCAUUCUUCUUAUUCCACACACCCUCGUGCUGUAAAUUGUGUAAUAACCAGGCAUCAUGAUCGAUAAUUUUUUUCCCUCACGUCCGGCCAUAAUCCGCCUUGUGCCCCGUCCCAGGUGGUGCUAGAACGCGUCCUGAAUGAUCCAGAGGUGAUCGAGAGCGACCCGAUGUUCGACAUCGACGAGCUCCUGGGCGACGACCCGUACAUGCCGAUCACCUGA